AUGGCCAGGGCUAGCGAAGGCUCGACAGGCCAUGUGGGUACCGUGCAGUGGGGAUUGGCCAGAAAGCUGCGAGGAAACAACCUUGUAGGUGACUUUUUGACUGGAGCCCUGGAGACUGGAGCCCUGAAGGUCGAUUUGAUCAAGGUGACGUUGGGACCGUCUCAGGACCGCAAGCAGAAAAAGACGGCGGUUGGCUGUUGGCAGGUACAGCACGACGAUGAUGAUGCCAGUUUGGCGGGUGAACCGUGUCAGCCCCGGAGCCAAUCAGUUUCGGUCUCCCGGUACUGUGGACGGCGAGAAAGCCCCACGCCGACCUCCGUCGGCCUCUACGCCCAAGACUCCGAGACCGCGCCCUCCCUGUUGGUCGCCCGUCACAACCUGCCGUUAUCCGACUUGAUAUAUGCUAUACUCCGUACUGAGAAGCACAGAUCAGACAUCCAAUAUGAUGCUGAGAGAAGCGCCGCGGGCGAUCAAACAAUACACAUUCGUCAGCAGGCACGGCACCCAGGCGGCACACCUCGAUCGAUCAAAUUGGCUGUAUCCGCAUGUGCGGUGUAUCGUGUACCCCAGCCAAUACCUGGUUUCACUACCAAUGCUUCCCGACCCCAGAUGUACCUCUCGACGACAUUGGACGAAGCCCACCCGACUCCUAUACUGCCAAUUUCACCAGUGACCUCACUUCAGUGCUCCACAGCACACCACACGAUACACUACAAACACAACAGCACGCCGUCGUGGAAUCUCCGCGACAUCCGUGCUGCAUUUCAGCAUGAAAAGCAAGCCUCACAUGAUGCCACCGACCACGACGUCUCCCCAAUGACGUGCCUGUCAUUCAAUCGUAUUCCGGGCCUCAUCGUCAGGCCGAUGCUCUUGUGGUAUCGCCGACGUGGCAGCCCCCAGCUAACCAGUGUUACUGAUUUGAUCCAAGUUGACAACAGUCUAGACAUGAUCCCCAAGGGCCAAAUACCACCUCAACCCGGACACGCAGCAGUGCAGCAACCCAGGACAACCGCAUUGUCCGUUGCCCCGAUGCAGGAUGACCGGCUGGUAGAUAGUAUCCUGCGGCUUGGUGCCAAUAGCUUGUUGGCGUUCCCGGCCCUAGUCGCUUCCGUCGCAGCUGAAUUCACCCAAGCUAGGUCAACGGCCAUGGCUAUCGCUUCUCGACCAUCGAGAUGA